GUGCAAGCACUCGUCCCUAGUCAUUUGAUCGGACUUUACCAAGAUGCCGAUGGAUACAAACUCGCCAAGACGCCCGUCACCCUGAGCGAUUUACGCGUUUUUCUAGUUUCUAUGUAUCGAUGCCGAUCACGCCCAGCUAUCACAUUUGCUUGCAUAUAUUGCACCUCGUUCAUCAGGGAUAUUGGUCAUGAAUCGAAUCGCCCGAACAACCUGUGUUGGGCAAAUCACAUUUGCCACUCUCCGUGGUCCUCUUGGACAUCGAUCCUUUGCCAGCUCCUUUACAGCCCGAGCCUGCCAAUUAAAGCAAUCGAGCAAAUCUAAGUGCCAGAACACAAAAUCGUCUCCUCCGGAAAGCUCUCGUUCAACAUUUUCCCGAGCGUUCUGGGCAUGUCGUUCAACCUGGGGGAGGGCAGGCAUCAACACUCUACGCUGUCUGAUUGGCUGCACAGUCGGUGAUUUCUCCGCACUAUGGACACUCCAGUCUUAUUAUCCUGAACUCGGCAUGAACACUAUUAUGCUAGUAUCAAUGGCUUCUGGUAUCACAACAUCCAUCAUUCUCGAGACGGUCCUACUCCGCCGUGGUGCCGAUCAGCUUUCAUGGACUAUGGCCGUCCGAACUGCGAUGGGCAUGAGCAUGGUCUCCAUGGUAGCUAUGGAAAUUGCCGAGAAUGCAGUCGACUACCAUUUGACCGGUGGAGUCGUUGCAUUCGAGGACCCGAAGUUCUGGGCAGCAGCAAUGUUGUCGAUAGGGGCUGGGUAUUUAGCUCCGUUGCCAUACAAUUACCUGCGUUUACGAAAGUAUGGAAAGGCUUGUCAUUGAAAUGCGGAAAGAAUUGGUGGAAGGUUCAUAAGUAUGUAUAUUACUAGAAGGGGAUGAAAAGAAUCGUGUGGUAACUAGACCGAAGCUUUGGUCGGAAGCUUACGCUUCUCGUGUGAAGACAGCAAGAAUGCAUUACAGGAUGAUAAGUUGGUAAAUUUACUCUCAGAUUCGAGUUGUUAACUUUCUGCAAACUAUGAAAUAAGAAAUU